AUCGCUUGGUAUACCCCACAUUCCUCGGGCGUACGAAUCACGCGGCUCGGUGCUCGAUUACCUCAGCAGCCCGCUGCACCAAUGCACGCAAUUGUUUCACGCCCAUACACUUCGAUAUCACCCAGCUGCUGCAGCCCCGGCUCGGCCCCAAACUCUCAUCCGUCGCAUGCUCUUGCCAAAAAUAAGCUCAAUCACGUUUUGCCGGUGAUCCUUCCAGAAAGGGCGAUACCGAAGAGGCGAAAAGUCAUGGUCAAUGGUGGGGCAGCAUCUCAUAUCCGAUAGGCUUGUUCCCCACCAUUUGCUAAUGUACUCCGCAGUUCUUGGCUCUUGUUGCUCUCCUGUGAUGA